AUGUUAUAAAAUGAUUAAGUAAAUUAAUUUAGAUUAAUAAAUAUUUUAUAAUGUCAUUUAUUGUUAUUUAAUGUUUUAAUAAAAUUGAAACAUUCUAAUACUAAAGGUAUAAAUUUGUUAGAUUAAUUAAACCAUGAGGUAUAUUUAAUUAAAACAAUAAACAGUGAAAUUUAAAGGAUCUUUAUGAUAGGAGGGGUUUCAUAAAUUGUAAAGAAAAUGAAAAGAAUUAAACAAAAAUACCUUGUCAGAGAUAAAUAUACGGAGAAGAACUUAAAAAAUUUUAAAUGUUAUUUAAUUUUAAAGUUUAUUUGGUUAUUAUUAACAAUAAUGAUGAAUUUUAAUGGUUUUAAUACUGAAAGAAUGUUUACUGGCCGUGGAGAACUUACAAAACCUGAAACUCAUCAAUAUGCAGAAGAAGAGUCUCCAGAGAAUUCUUAAGUUGAAGGGUUUGAUAUGAUGUGGAAGAAGCAUUCUUUAUAGAUUUUUUGUACUGCCAUCAAAUUUAUGAUAAAGUUAAGGACAUCGUUAGAUUAAUAUAGACUAAGAAAAAUUACUCAUAGAAUAUAUUAAAUAAUUGGAGAUAAAGCAUCAGAUUAUUUUUAUUAUUAAGUAAAAGGUUUAGUUAAUUAAAAAUGGACAUUCCAAUCCUAUAUCAAAAGUUUGUUGAUAUAUAAUUUUUGGGUUGAGAUGUAAAUUGGAGUCAUUAAACCAGAUAGCAAAAUUAAAUUAUUAGUCGAUUGCACUAUUCUUAUUUUAAUUGUAAUGAAUAUUUUCUAUAUUCCAAUGUAACUCUCAUUUUCAUUAUAGAAUAAUGCUUAAACUGUUGAUUUUUUAUUUAGUACAAUACCAAGUUGGGUAUUUUUGAUGGAAAUUAUUAUUAAUUUUAACACCGCUUAUUAUUAUAAGGGAAUGAUACAUGAAGAUAGAACUAAAAUAUUCUAACAUUAUAUUAAAGGAGAUUUCUUUAAGGAUUUAUUGGUUGUUAUACCUUUUCUUAUAUCAUAAUAUGAUAUUCCUUAUCUUAAUUUUGUAUUACUAUUAAGAAUUACAAGAGUUAAUAAGAUUUUUGAAUAAAUUGAGGAAAUAACUUUAAUUAGAGAAAAAUUUGCAGCUCCAAUAGAUGUUAUGAAACUUAUGAUAUUUUUAAUUUUUGUAGCACAUGUUAGUGGUUGUUCAUGGCAUUAUAUAGGUAUUUAAGAAGUUUUCGAAAAUAACACAGGUUGGUUAGUUAAAUAUGGUUAUUCUGAAAAAGAUUGGAUUUCAAGAUAUGUUGUAUCACUUUAUUUUGGUACUGUAACAUCUUUUACUGUUGGUUUUGGAGAUAUUGUACCAUAAACAUUAGUUGAAUAAGUUUUCUUAAUUAUUAUGGUUUUGAUUACUUCACUUGUUUUUGGUUAUACAAUUUCAUCAAUAUAAAAUAUAUUUGGAUAAUUAAGGGAGAAAACUGAUUAACAUCGUAAUAAAAUGGCUAAAAUUAAUUCAUAUAUGAAGAAAAAUAGAAUAAAUCUUGUUCUUCAAAUGAAAAUUAGAAAAUAUUUUGAAUAUUUCUUUACUUUAGAUGAAAGUCCAGAAUUACUUAUGGAUAAUUUAAAUGAUGAUUUGAAAAUAGAAUUAAAACUUAGUAUUUAUAAACCAAUUAUAAACAAAUGUUCACUCUUUAAAAAAUUUGAUGAAAAUCUAUUAUAUUAAUUAUGUAGAAUUGUUUAAACAUAAAAAUUUAUUCCAGGUUAAAUGAUUUUUUAAGAAAAUGAUUAAAUAAAUAAAGCAUAUUUCAUUAUCUAGGGAGAAGUUGAUAAAUAAAUUAAUAAAAUCUCAAUCCAAUAGCAAUCAGAAGGAUCUCUUGGAAUUAUGGAGUUUUUACUAUAAAAACCUAUACAUUAUUCAUUGAAAGCUACUCAAUUUACUGAAAUUGCUUAUAUAGUUUAUGAUGUAUUAAUAUAAUUUCAAUCAUUAGGAUUUUAUAACAAUCAUAAAAGAAAAAUAAUCUCAUCAAGAAUAAUAUUUUUAAAUGAAGGAUGAAUUACUUUAUCAAACCCAUUAAAUGAAAUGUGAAAUUUGCUCAUAAUUUCAUCAUUUUUUAAGAUGUCCUAUUGUAUUUUAUAGACCUUCUACUAAUCUUGUAGUUUGUGAUUAAAGUGACACUAUAAUAUAACCUAGAUAUAAACAUAAAAGAAGAUAAAAAAUUAAAUAAUCUACUUUAGUUUCAACACAAUAUAAUCUUUCUGCUGCUGUUAAUUAUAUGUGUGAUAAUGAUUUAUUAAAUGAAGGUAUUAAUGAUACUGUACUCAAAAAAUUUGGUUAUGUUGAUUAGGAAGAGAAAUAAUAAACUAUAGAAGAUGUCAAACUUAGGUCUUUGAAAGUUAUUUAAAAAUUACAAGAACAUCAUGCUCAUACUCCAAAAAUGAAAAGAAUGAUAUAUAAAAAUAUUAUGAAAAAGGAUGAUCAUAAAUUUAUUCUAAGUAAAGAAGAAUCAAUUUUAGAAAAUAUGUAUUAAGAAUUUAUUAAUUUUAAAAAAGAAGAUCUUAAUAAUUUUGAUUUGCAUAUGGAAUUUUCACAUUAUCAUAAAGAAAAAAAUUUAAGUUAAGUUCUUUAAAUAUUUUCUAAAUAAUAACGCUAUAAACCAAAAGAACAAUUUUUUAGUAAAACAAGAUUAGGUAAAACUAAAUAAUUAAACUCUCAUAAUUCAACUUAAAAUAUUUUAAUUACAAACAAUCACACAAUUAUGAAAACUAUAUUUAAUAAAAAAUGA